CCUGGUGCUCUUAAGCGAGGGCUAGACGGCGGCGGGAUCCGCGGCGCUGCCUCCAUUUGAUCGCAUCUUCCGGAACGCUUCCUCGCUGCUCCUUCGGCGAGUGGAUCGAGCGGAUCUUUUUCUUUCUUUCUUUCUUUCCCCUUCCUCCCGCCACUUUUUCAUCACGACCCUUCUGGAGGAUCCCCACCCCCGCGAAGCAAAUCCCUUCUGGAGUUCAGGGCGGCCCCACGCGCUUCGAACAAGGGAACGGGGAAGCCGGCCUACCGAGCGCCUCGCAGGACUCUUGUCGCGGGUGGGAGAGCAGGCGAGGGAGGGAAGAAGGGAAAGAGCCUCUCCGGGUCUUCUGCUUGGCUCUGCUUCGUUUCCCGGCUUGGCUGGAGCGCCCACGAUGGCAAGCAGCAGCAGCAGCGCUGGACCCCUCGCCCUCCUCUUGGCUUUCGCUGUUCACCUCCUGCAGCCGACCCACCCCGCCGAGCCCGAGGCCGAGAGAUCGCCCGUUCCCACCGAUAAGCUACUAAUUCUAACUGUUGCAACAAAGGAAACAGACGGCUUUCACCGAUUCAUGCAAUCAGCAAAGCAUUUCAACUACACUAUAAAGGUGCUGGGUAAAGGCGAAGAGUGGAAAGGAGGAGAUAUUCUAAACUCCAUCGGAGGAGGUCAAAAAGUACGCCUGUUGAAAUCUGCAUUGGAGUCGUAUGCUGAUCAAGAGGAUUUGGUGGUUAUGUAUGUUGACUGCUAUGAUGUUAUAUUUGCUGGGGGACCUGAAGAGUUGUUAAAGAAGUUCCAGCAAGCUAAUCACAAGGUAGUGUUUGCAGCAGAUGGAUUGAUAUGGCCUGAUAAACGACUAGCAGACAAGUACCCUGUUGUUCGCAGUGGAAAACGGUUCCUUAAUGCAGGAGGAUUUAUUGGAUAUUCUCCAGCUGUAAACAGUAUUGUGCAACAAUGGAACCUCCAAGAUAAUGAUGACGAUCAGCUUUUUUAUACUAAAAUCUAUAUCGACCAAUUAAAGAGGGAACGCAUUAACAUCACAUUGGAUCACAAGUGCAACAUUUUCCAGACUCUAAAUGGAGCUGUUGAUGAAGUGCUCCUGAAAUUUGAAGAUGGACGAGCCAGAGUGAGAAAUUCACUGUAUGACACUUUGCCAGUCACUCUCCAUGGAAACGGCCCAACCAAACUUAAUCUCAAUUACUUUGGAAAUUAUAUCCCUAAUGGCUGGACCCGUGAAACUGGAUGUGGUGCCUGUGACACAGAUUUAUUAGACUUGGCCACACUUGAUGAGACUCCAACAGUAACAAUUGGUGUUUUCAUUGAACAACCAACUCCCUUCCUGCCUAAGUUUCUAGACAGAUUGUUGACUCUGGACUAUGCAAAGGAAAAAAUUACCCUCUUCAUUCACAAUAAUGAAGUUCACCAUGAAAGACAUAUCAAGAAGUUUUGGGAAAAAGCCAAGCACAUGUUCAAAACGAUACAAAUUGUGGGGCCUGAAGAAUAUCUGAGUCAAGCCGAUGCUAGGAACAUGGGAAUGGACAUCUGUCGGCAGAAUGAAGAAUGCAACUAUUAUUUCAGCAUAGAUGCGGAUGUUGUUUUAACGAACCCCAGUACUUUAAAACUAUUGAUAGAACAGAAUCGAAAGAUGAUUGCCCCUCUUGUACUGCGCCAUGGGAAACUUUGGUCAAACUUUUGGGGGGCGCUGAGCCCUGAUGGAUAUUAUGCUCGGUCUGAAGACUACGUGGAUAUUGUCCAAGGAAACAGAGUGGGUGUCUGGAACAUCCCUUAUGUGGCUAACAUAUAUCUGAUCAAAGGACAAACACUCAGAUCUGAGAUGAAAGAGAGAAAUUAUUUUGCAAGGGACAGGUUGGAUCCUGAUAUGGCCCUCUGCAGGAAUGCCAGAGAAAUGACCUUACAAAGGGAAAAAGGCUCCCCUUCUGCGGAAACAUUCCAUAUGCUCAGACCCCCAAAGGGUGUCUUUAUGUACAUCACUAACAGAGACGAAUUCGGAAGACUUAUAUCAACCGCCAACUACAAUAUAUCUCACUACAACAAUGAUCUUUGGCAGAUCUUUGAAAAUCCAGUGGAUUGGAAGGAAACCUACAUAAACCCCAACUAUUCGAAAAUUUUCACUGAGCACAUAGUGGAACAGCCAUGCCCAGAUGUGUUUUGGUUCCCCAUAUUUUCUGAGACAGCCUGUGAUGAACUGGUCCAGGAGAUGGAACAUUAUGGACGUUGGUCAGGUGGAAAACACCAUGACAGCCGCAUUUCUGGAGGAUAUGAAAACGUUCCAACUGAUGACAUUCACAUGAAACAAGUUGGGCUGGAAAGCGUGUGGCUACAUUUCAUUAGAGAAUACAUAGCGCCUGUAACACUAAAAGUGUUUGCUGGCUACUAUACAAAGGGCCAUGCCUUGCUGAAUUUUGUUGUGAAAUACACUACUGAGAGACAACGUUCGCUCAGACCUCAUCACGACUCCUCAACAUUUACUAUCAACAUAGCCCUCAACAAAGUGGGAAGAGAUUUUGAAGGAGGUGGAUGCAAAUUUCUGAGGUACAACUGCUCCAUAGAAUCACCCAGGAAAGGAUGGAGUUUUAUGCAUCCAGGAAGACUUACCCAUUUACAUGAAGGACUUCCCAUUUUGAACGGAACAAGAUACAUCGCAGUAUCAUUUAUUGACCCUUAAUCUUAUUUCCCUGGCCUGUUACAGACAACGUUUGGCAAUCUAUGACAAACUCUUAUUUAUAGUUCUACUCCCAGAAGAUGGUGACAAAAGAAACUUCUUCUAGACUGCUGCUUUGCUUUGGGCUAAAAGAAUGAGCAGGAAAAGAAACCCAAACUCUUAAAAAAAUUAUAUAUAUAGAUAACGAAACCUUCAAGCAUCUGAUCUGAGCCCUGAGUUGCAAAGUUAAAGAAUUAUAAGAGUCUAAAAGGGAAGGGAAAAAUAAUUGAUGCCAAUGAUCUAUAAAACUUUUCACAUGGGUUUUCCAUCCAUUACAAUAACGUUAUGAAUAUGUAUUUUGUACAUAUCUUGAUUAAAGAAAGAAAUAUUUGCAUAUCCAGUUAUCUAUGAAUAUUCUUCUAAGAAAGAAGUGCAUGAUAGAUAAAUGCAAAGCAUUGGCAAAAAUACACAUAUGGGUACUUUUUUUUAAAAAAAAAGCUUUUAAAAGAAGAAAUCCUCAACUUGGAAAUCUUUUCUUCUCACCAAGUGUCCUUUGAUCAGGCUGGGAACUAUUCUGCAACUUUUUUUUUUUAAUUUUGCAUCAGUUCAGUGCUGGAAAUCCAAGCUCUCUUUCUGCAAACUUUCUAAUACCAAAAUGUCUUGGACACAAAAUUUGUCUACUCUUAUUUAACACUACUUGAAUUUUGUAUCAGGAGAUCAAGAAGUUGAAGUUGCUCUUUUAUAAAAUGUGCAGGGUUUUGACUUGCCUUUGUUUUUUAAGGGAUCAGUUUAAAAUAAUUCCUGCUGUGCCUACUGUUUGUAAUUUAAAGGUUACACUUGAAAAAAAGAAUGUUGAAGCAUGAAACCUGAGGUGCUAAAAUGCUCAUGUUUUCUAAGUUUUAUGGAAAAUAAAGAAGUCUAAAAUUAAGAAAAGUUUUUGGUGUGUCUGUUUUUAAAAAUAUGCAGUGUUUGGUUUCUCUAUAAGCAGAGUAUGAUAGCUUUUACUACAUUUUGGAUUGUGUUCAGUAAUAUGACAAAUGUUUUGCAGCUUAACAAAUGUUUUACUUUUCAGAAAAGCUAUUUGUCUUGCAUCCCUCACAUCAGCAGCCACAACUGUGGAAAAGAUGCAGCAGUCUAGCUUGCUGAAAACUAUAGUAAGAAGAAACCUAACCUACUUUUCAGGGCAGCUUGGCUGUUUCCUAGUUUACCAUUUCCUAGUUUGCAGACUGCAAAAGAGCACUGGUUUAGUGGAUUCUCAGCUCUGGCCAGAUUCCUUUAAAUGUGAACUCUAGCAAAUGACUGGCCUCUUUUAAUAAGAUUCAUGCUGCAAGCUAUGAAACUCAAACAUCUCUGUGUGAUCGUGAAAGUGAUAUUUGUUUUCAUGAGGUUAUUUUUGGCAUUAAACUGUGAUCUGUUGGGGUAGCACAGCGCCCUGUGGUGGCCCACCUAGCUGAGUUACCGUAAAAGAACUGUAUUUAUUAAAACAAUCUCUACUGAACUCCAAACUAAGUGCUUCAGACUGUUUUGGCAGGCCCUAAUGAUUAACUGUUGGAGCUCCCAAAUUAAAUGAACAAUUUUAUUUACAUCCCGAUCCCCCCCAGUAUGAAUGAUUUAUGAUGUAUACUUUUGCUUCUGCAUUUAGUCAUUUCUUUUUACAACAAUGGUUCCAAAGUUCAGAGCCCUGUGGGCUAUGAUGGUCUGCAUGGUGACCAAAUAGCCAAUUAGUCAGUUUUGGUGACUG